GCGGCAAGCGGAGGAGACUCGGAGCACAACGGGACUGCGUAUAGGCACGCAGACGCAGGGGGAGAGACGAACCCUACCGCACCGGAAACCCACAGGACCGCCCUGAGAAACCCGCGGCACCGACACCGCGCGUCAGAAAGAUCUAAGUAAACCAGAGAAGAAGAAGAGGAGGCAGUGACCCGGGAGGAGCAGAGCGGGGAUUCGGUUUUCUCUGUUGUGGAUGUGCACGUGCCCUCGGACAGCGUGAUUGAGGAGCAGGGCGUGCCGAACGCAUCUACACACCAAUGAUGGCGAGGAGGAGGAUGGGUGCAGCGCUGUUGGUGCUGUUCCUGGGAUGUUUGGCGAAGGCGCUGGAGGUUCCUCUCGACCUGCCGCAGCCCCCCACCAUUACUCACCAGUCCCCCAAGGAUUAUAUCAUCGACCCACGGGAGAGCAUUAUCAUCCACUGUGAGGCCAAAGGGAAGCCCCAUCCCAGCUUCUCCUGGACAAGAAACGGAACCCACUUUGACAUUGACCUGGAGCCCAAGGUCACCAUGAGACCCCGUUCUGGAACGCUGGUGAUUGACAUCAGCGGAGAGAAGGCGGAGCAAUACGAAGGGGUGUACCAGUGCACGGCGAGGAACGAGCACGGGACUGCCAUCUCCAACAACAUCGUCAUACGGCAGUCCAGGUCCCCCUUGUGGUCAAAAGAGAGAAAUGAGCCAAUCAUCGUUCAGGAGGGCGUGUUCCUGGUGCUACAGUGCCGACCCCCGGCUGGCUUGCCCCCUCCCAUUGUCUUCUGGAUGGACAAUAACUUCCAGAAGAUUCCUCAGAGCAGUAGGGUGUCUCAGGCCCUGAACGGAGAUCUAUACUUCUCCAAUGUCCUGAAGGAAGACUCCAGGAAUGACUACAUCUGUUAUGCCCGCUUCCCCCACACACAGACCAUCCAGCAGAAACAGCCCAUCACCGUCCGGGUCCUCAACCUGGAUGCAAUCAAUGAGACAAUGGCAGCUUUUUACAGUGACACUGAUUUAUUUAGUGAGGCCCCAGUGGACGACAGGAAGCCGAGCUUCCUCAUCCCGUCUGAUCCUUCAAACUCUAAGAUGGUCUUAAGAGGGCAGGUGCUGGAGCUGGAGUGUAUCGCCGAGGGGCUGCCCACCCCAGAGAUCUCCUGGAUGAAAGUGAGCGGGGACUUCCCGGCCAAGCGCACGUCCUUCUUGCACUUCCAGAAGACUCUGCGCAUUGUCAACGUGUCAGAAUCAGACGCCGGAGACUAUCGCUGUACAGCCCGGAACCGACUGGGCUCGGUCCACCACACCAUUCACGUCAUGGUCAAAGCUGCUCCUUACUGGAUCGGCAGCCCUCCCAGAAACCUGGUUCUGGCUCCAAGAGAGACUGGCAUCCUGAUCUGUCGGGCCAAUGGCACGCCCAAACCCAGUAUAACCUGGGCCAUGAAUGGCAUCCCCAUCCAGAAUGCCCCAAAGGAUCCCAGCAGGAAGGUGGAGGACGACACCAUCGUCUUCACCGAGGUUCAGACCGGAUCGAGCGCCGUCUACCAGUGCAACAUCUCCAAUGAGUACGGCUACCUGUUGGCCAAUGCCUUCGUCAACGUCCUCUCCGAGCCUCCUCGAGUGCUGACGCCAGGGAACAAAGUCUACAAGGUCAUCAGAAACAGCCGCGCCCUGAUGGACUGCUCCUCUUUUGGGUCGCCCAUCCCUAAAAUCACUUGGUUCAAAGACAGCCGCUCCAGCGUCCUGGACGGAGACCCCUACAUCAUCCAUGACAAUGGGACAUUGGAGAUCCACGUGGCCCAGGCCCACAACAGCGGCAAAUACACCUGCGUAGCCAGGAACUCCCUUGGCACUUACGAGAACCAUGUUUACCUGGAGGUCAAAGAGCCCACCCGCAUCCUGAAGCAGCCAGAGUAUAAGAUGGUUCAGAGAGGAAAGUCGGUGGUCUUUGAAUGCAAGGUGAAACACGACCCCUCCCUCAUCCCCACCAUGACCUGGCUCAAGGACGAGGGGGAGCUGCCUGACGACGAGAGGUUCAUCGUGGACUCCGACAGCCUCACGAUCACUGACGUGACGGAGAGCGACGAGGGGGUCUACACCUGCAUCAUGAACACCACCCUGGACCACGACUCAGCCGGAGCCGAGCUCACCGUCGUUGAGGCCACACCGACACCAGCUGUUGUCUACGAGCGACCAGACCCCCCCACUGACCUGGAGCUCACAGACAAGAGAGAGAGGAGUGUUCAGCUCACUUGGACCCCUGGAGAUGAACACAACAGCCCCAUUCAAGCAUUCCUGAUCCAGUACGAGGAUUCUCUUCACCAGCGAGGCCAGUGGCGUAACCUGACGGAGGUGUCCGGGACCAAGACCACAGCCCGCCUCAAGCUCUCUCCAUACGUCCACUACAUCUUCAGGGUCCUGGCUCUCAACGCUGUGGGCUUCAGUCAUCCCAGCUCUCCAUCCAGGAGUUACAAGACCAACCCUGCAGCUCCAGAUGAGAACCCGACUGGUGUUCAAGGAUUUGGAACUGAACACAACAAUCUCGUCAUCUCAUGGAAGCCGCUGACCAGCGUCCAAGCCAAUGGUCCAGGGCUGCAGUACAAAGUCAUGUGGAGGCAGAAGGAGGUCGACAAGGAGUGGAUGUCCAUGAUCGUGGCCAACGUCUCCAAGUUUGUGGUGUCUGGAACACCCACAUUUGUCCUGUAUGAGCUCAAAGUUCAGGCCCUGAACGCCUACGGGCCCGGACCAGAGCCAGCUAUUGCCCACGGACACUCAGGAGAAGAUUUGCCGUUGGCCGCGCCAGAGAAUAUCCAGGUGGUGGUUCUGAACAGCACACUGGCGGAGGUGUACUGGGAGCCUGUGCCCCCUAAAUCAGUGCGGGGACAUCUGAAGGGCUACAAGGUGUAUUACUGGAGGGAGCACAGCCUCCACAAACACAACCCCCACCAUGUGGAGAAACAGAUCCUGACCUUCAGUGGGAACCACAGCCACGGGAUGCUGCCGGGCCUCCACCCCUACAGCCUCUACACCUUGAACAUCAGGGUGUACAACGGCAAGGGAGAGGGCCCUCCCAGCCCUAGUCAGAUGUUUGAGACCCCCGAGGGAGUUCCGGGUAUCCCAUCCUUCAUGAGAGUCACCAACCCCAAACUGGACUCUCUGACAGUGGAGUGGGGUCCCCCUCAUGAACACAAUGGACGUCUCACCGGCUACACCCUCCGAUAUCAGUCAGUCAACAGCUCCAAUGAGCUGGGCCCGGUGGAGGUGAUGGCCCUGCCUGCCAAUGAGACUUCCGUCACAUUGUUCAACCUCAAGUACAGCACACGCUACAAGUUUUAUUUGAGUGCCAAAACAGGCAAGGGAGCAGGCCCGGCCAUCCUGCAGGAAGUUGUCACCGUCAUGGACGAAGCUGUGGCCAGCAGGCAGGUGGACAUUGCCACGCAGGGCUGGUUCAUCGGCCUCAUGUGUGCCAUCGCCCUCCUCAUCCUCAUCCUCCUUAUCAUCUGCUUCAUCCAGAGAAAUAAGGGAGGGAAAUACCCUGUGAAAGAGAAGGAGGACGCUCACACAGACCCGGAGUUUCAGCCCAUGAAAGACGAUGACUGUACUUUUGGGGAAUACAGUGACAGUGAGGACCAUAAACCGUUAAAAGGGAGCCGCACGCCGUCGAACGGGACGGUAAAGAGGGACGACAGUGACGACAGUUUAGUUGACUACGGGGAAGGCGGAGACGGGCAGUUCAACGAGGACGGCUCGUUUAUCGGACAGUAUAGCGGGAAGAGCGCCGGCAGGGAGGGCGCGGGAGGCCACGAGAGCUCGGAGGCGCCCUCCCCCAUUAACGCCAUGAACUCCUUAAACUCGUUUGUGUAGCCGGGUAGAUAGCUCGCCAGUCAUUCAGAAAGGCGGACGGACGGACACAAACCAUCGGCGGAGGCUCCGAACUGACUGUUGACCCCCCUCCCCCUCCUCCCCUCUCCCCUCCACCUCCCCGACCCCGCCAUCUCUCCGUCAGGCCCUUUCCAUCACCGCAUGGCUUUACCGUAACGGUCCCCCCGCUGUCACGCUUGAGACACGAGACACUGUUUGCUCACACAAAGCGGAGACUACGCUGAAUGAAUGUACGCCGUCCCUCGGGAUCUGUUUCGAGGACGGCUUCG